GUCAAAAUCAGGUGAUAUAAAGGGAGCUGUUUUCUUUUUCCAAGUCCUAGUCAUGCAGUUACCACACAACAGCACUAUCUAGCAAUUUACUAGUAAUAAACAGCGACCAGGGGGCAGAGUUGAUCUCUUCCCCUGAAGAAGCCUGCGAGCCUUUCCCUUUUGCUAUUUGAGUCUAAUGAGAAUGCACAAACCCCUAUUUCCCUGAAGGAGCACAGCCAACAACUCCAUGUUGAGCAACUUGUUUGAUACGUCGAAACGUUCAGUUUUUCAGUUGCCAUUAUUGACUGCGCGGCUACGUACUCUCCCUUUAUAAACACCCUUAAUCUCUUUCAUUUAGCUUACUUCUCUCAUAUAUCCUUGUCGGUGUCAACCUCUACCUUUUGUUUUUUGUUUUAAUCCUUGGUUGCUACACACAGGUACUAGUUCUUCCACCAUUAAAAGGAAAAGGGCAAGGCAAGCAUUUAAUUUAUGCAGCACUUGAACUUGUUACCCCUGCUUCUUUUCAUCUUCUGUGCUGCUAUCUUUACUACUGUUAGAUAAACUGAAGUUAAGGAUAUAUCAUGUCUACUUUGUUAGCAAGAACAGGAAGACACAGACAACGUUACGUUGAUCAGUUUAGGCUUGUAGCCGGGUGCAUUCCUUACAAACUUGACAAGAAUGUCGAGGAUCAAGGCUGCAAUGGGGAGGACAGGGUUCUUAUCCUCAUGAUCUCGACACCAAAUCGUAGUGAUCUUGUGUUCCCAAAAGGUGGAUGGGAGAAUGAUGAGACCCUUGGCGAAGCUGCAUGUCGUGAGGCCAUCGAGGAAGCUGGAGUGAAAGGAAUUCUUGGUGAAAACCCAUUGGGAGUUUGGGAGUUCCGAAGCAAGAGCAGCCAGAAUAGCUGCAGCUUGGCAGGAGGUUGUCGAGGCUACAUGUUUGCGCUGCAGGUGACCGAGGAGCUUGACCAGUGGCCAGGACAGGCUAGUUACAAUAGAAAAUGGCUUACUGUAAACGAAGCAUUUGAAUGCUGCCGGUAUGAUUGGAUGAGGGAUGCUCUGAAACACUUUCUGCUUCUCUUUUGAGAAACAAGGACCUUGGCAGAAGGGAAGAUCUGGGAGAGACUCGUAUGAUCCCAGUUUCUGAUAAUGGGGUAGAGAGCGCAACGCAUAGUCCUAUGAGACUGAGACCAUCAAUUGUCAAAAUGUCGAUUCCAUUUGUACAGAUUCCAUAUAUCAUUCAGACGGAAUGAAAAAGACAAUUCUCAAAA